GAUCCAACCCGAAAACGCCGAACACUUUGCGCCUAAAAAACCGAAAGGCCCUUCCACAACUUGUUGCUGUUUUAUGAUCCACGGAAAAUGUUUUUGCAUUUUCUCUAAUUCGCCUAUUAUAUUAUAAACUUGAAAAUCGCUGGAUUUGUGGCAGCGUCGUGACAAAACUAGCAACAUUUGUUUGAUUUUUUGGACGCGAGCAAAUGGCGCCGCUGCGGACAUUUCUGAACAUGUAGAUCUAGGUGCCCGCUCGUGCUCGGUCUAUGUCCCAUCAGCCUUCGCUGUCGCGGGCUCUCAAUGGCGGCUGAGGAGGACGGAUGAUGUUGAAGCCAUGUUUGUAGCAUAUUAGCGCGUAGCGCCGAGCAACUGAACUGACGACGAGGGACUACCGCGCGCUUGAGUGCCCAGUUCGGACAGCUCGCUCGCCGUUACUCAGUGUUUUGGCCCUGGUCACAUAUACAGGACAACAUGAGCGCCGGCGGGACGCCCUACCUCGGCAGCAAAAUCAGCCUCAUCUCCAAGGCCGAGAUCCGCUAUGAGGGUGUUCUGUACACCAUCGACACUGAGAACUCCACCGUGGCUUUAGCCAAAGUGCGUUCGUUCGGAACCGAGGACCGGCCCACCGAGCGACCCAUUCCCCCUCGAGAUGACACCUUUGAGUACAUAAUUUUCCGCGGCAGCGACAUCAAAGACCUGACGGUGUGCGAGCCCCCCCGGCCCACCGGCUCUCUGCCCCAGGACCCCGCCAUCGUGCAGUCGUCCAUGAGCUCCACUUCGUCGGCCGCGGCCUCGCUACCCAACUCUUUCCAGUCGGCAUCUUCCUACGGGCUGUUCAACCGGGCCACCGCCGCCUCCUAUGGCCAGUUUGCCGGCACACCUCAGCUCUCACCACACUCAGGACCUGCUGCCGGUGGGAGCAGCGGGUCGUCCGCCGGCGUGCCGCAGAAGAGCGCCGAGCUGGCAGCCGCACGGUCGGUUGCAUCGGUUCCGAGCGCCACCGCAGCCAAUCCCGGCGCCAUCCCGGGCCGUCCCGGCCAGCCUCGUGCGGCCCCUCCCACUUCGACUCGACACCGCCCGGACGCCGCAGAUGCUAGGAGGGCACCUAACAGCCGGCGAGGCCGAGGGGGCAGCCACCGCGGCAGGGGACACUUUGGCGUGCGGCGAGACGGAGCCAGCGUCAAGUUCGACAAGGACUUUGACUUUGAGAGCGCCAACGCACAAUUCAACAAAGACGACAUCGAACGCGAGUUUCAGAGCAAGUUGAAGCUGAAAGAUGAGAAAAGUGAGCAGGCACUCAACGGCGAAGAAAAAGACGGCGCUGACGACGCGCACCCACAGGGAGAAGAUGCGCUGAGACCAAAGUGCUACUACGACAAGACCAAGUCCUUCUUUGACAACAUCUCCUGUGACGACAACAGGAACGCUCACGACAGGUGCGGCGGCAGUGGCUUCCCCAGGGAGCGCCGGCAGACGUGGGCGGAGGAGCGACGCAUGAACGCCGAGACGUUCGGCCUCCCACCACGUCACAACCGCGGUUACCGGGGGAGUCGGGGAAGAGGGCGGCCCGCCGGCCGGGGGUCCUCGGGCCCGCCUCAAGGGGGCGCUUUCAGGGGAGGAUACAGGGGGAACCAGGCUGGCCGGGAGUUUGGAGACGCCGGGGCCGCCUACAGGAAGGACAAGAAGAUACCUGCGUAGCGUUGACCACCAACCUGAAAAUGCUUUUGUCACCAGCACUGCUUGCUGCAGUUUGCGGGGGGGGGGUGCUUCACAUUUUGUAAGUUGUGUUUGGGAGGUAUGGUGCAGCUCUCUUUUCUACUAGACCCCCUACUCACUCACUCACUCACUCACUCACUCACUCACUCACUCACUCACUCACUCUUCCCCAGCCUCAUCUCAAUCCUCAUGACUUUGCGCUCAAAUGUGCGGCAAAGGAUUUACCUCAGAACCAAUACAAUUUGCACUUCCAACUGUCUGAAACAAGAGUCAGCCAAAGUACCCCCACUACCACCGCCGCACACAAAAUAAAUGAUCAGGGUGAGCUGGCGGGUGUGUAUGAUGACUUUAUGGCUUUGUUGCUUUUUGAUGAGUGUGCAAGUUAAGACAACAAACUUGACGGUUUGGAUUGGCAACGUUACCAACUUGGGAAAUUUGUAUUUAAACUUCAACCCUAACCCUACAAUGCACUUAAACUAUUACGUUGCCAACUUUUGAAUCUCCAACUAUUAAAUGUAUGCCAUUAUUAUUCACAACUUUCUCUUCACAAACAAAACGCCAACGCAUAUCAACCAAUCAUUAAAUCAUAUGACACAAUGUCUGGUCGUUAUCAGUAACCGAUUCAAAUAAAGAGCAUUCAUGA